AUGCCUCAGCAGAAGAUAUCCCCGCUCAAGACCUAUUUUGACGAGUUAGAAGAGACCAACGGCGAUGACGAAUGCAGGGCCUGGUUAGAUAAACUUUUUGACUCCAAAGCUGAACUGGCGGUUUUUGUCGCUGGACGAAAAGGAGGGGGAACUGGGGCAUACGUUGGUUUUCUCAAGGGUUCCUUCAACAUCAGCUUCCGCUUCAGCUUCGACGAUGGACGCCCGGAUGUCAUUAUCCGGUUUCCGAAGCCCGGACAUACCGCUACGGCUUAUAGGGACGAAAAAGUUGUGAAUGAGGUCCGGAUCAUGGAAUACCUCCAGCAGAGCACUGAUAUCCCGAUUCCUCGUGUUCACAGCUGGGGCUUAACUUCCGAGAGUCCAUUACACCUUGGUCCAUUCAUCAUCAUGGAUUAUGUCAACGGUACACUUCUAUCGACUAUCUUGAAACAACCCGAUCAAGUAAUGGUUCUGAACCCGAACAUCGACAACACAGCGUUAGACAAGAUCUAUCAUCAAAUCGCCUAUUAUAUGUUCCAGCUUUCUCAACUUAAGUUUGCUCGUAUUGGGGCCAUCUCGAGGGACCAUGCUUCAGGUGCAUGGCACGUUACCGGGAGACCCCUGACGUACAAUAUGAACGAGUUAGCCACUGUCGCCGGCUACCCAGAUGAUCAAUUUCCAACCGCGCCGUUUGACCGUGCAAGCGAUUAUCUGAGGUCGGUCGCGAACGAGCACUUGACUCACCUUUGGACCCAGCGCAACCUUGCCGACGAUGCGGAAAUCGCCCGGGAGCGCUUCAUUGCCCGUCAUCGGUUCGCACAGCUGGUUUCAAAGUACUAUCCUGAGGACACCGGGCUAUCUAUACCCUUCUGCGACGACAUGCGUCCCUCGAAUAUGCUUAUAGACCCAGAAACACUCCAGAUCACUGCCAUUCUCGACCUCGAGUUCACGAAUGCCAUGCCAGCUGAGUUCACGUAUGACCCGCCCUGGUGGCUCUUGCUAUCUGGACCGGAAAUGUGGCUUGAACGCUGCGCGAUGGAUGAAUUUCUGACUCUCUAUGAGCCUAGAAUGGAGCAAUUUUUGCGAGCUUUAGGGCGAGUGGAAACUGAAAUGGCAUUGGAGGGCAAACGAUCCGAUGGGCCGUCUCUCUCCACCCGAAUGCGCGAUUCAUGGAGGACUGGGCGAUUUUGGUUCGACUAUGCGGCAAGAAAGAGCUUUGAUGUAGACACCGUCUAUUGGGCUGCAUUACAUAACGACGGUCCGGGUGUUGAGUUGCUUGAUGAGAAGGCACGCGCAGAGAUGGAGCCAUUCACGCAGGUUAAGAUGGAGCAGUUGAAGGCAUAUAAAGAGGAGUGUACUACUCGGUUUUCUUCAGAGGUAUAG